GAAAUUGAAAUUGUGAAGCGCGUACGAGCGAAAAUUUGUGAAAAAAUUGUGGAAAAGACGUAUUUUUACGGUUAAAAAAUGUAUAAAAUUAUAAGAGUUAUUGUGAAGUUUUGAUAAGUUAUAAUAAUUUGUAGUUAGUGAGUUAAUUUAUAGCCACGAUUAAAAAGUUUGAUUUUUGUUCGCUGCCGUCGUCGAUGUCGCAGUCGCUGUUGCGCUCGAAGCCGCAGCGAGGACGUCGCGCCCGUCAUCAACGUUGCUAUACCUAGUGCGACCCGAGACGAGAAGAAGCCGCCGCUGCUUCUAUUUGUAUUGUGUAGCCGACGUAUUUGCGGCGCGAAUGGACGAAUGUUGUGUGAAUGAGUGCGUGUGCCACAGAAGUGGCAGUGGCAAAACGCGCAGAAAUAUAAAAGAAAUAAAUUGAUUAAAUAUACACAGGCAAUUAAUAGAAUUGAAUCGUAGUUCUGGUUCGAUUUUGUAAAUAAUAUCUAAUUGAAAUGUGCUCUAAAAUUGAUUUAAAGAUGAAUGUAGUGGAAUUAUACUGAAAAUUUUUAGUGGAUGUGGAAGGAGCAAAAGUAAAAAAAAGUGUAAAACAAAGAUAAGAGGUUAAGCAGAAGAAGUAACAUUUUUUCUGUUUCUAUUGGGAUAUCAAUGUCAUGUGUGCGAAAGAGAGCAAUACUGGAUCUAGUUUGACAGCAACAAACCAAUAUAAAUCAUAAAAAAGGAAAUGGUGUAAUGAAGAAACGCGAACAAAGUGUAUGAUAAAAAGGAGAUUCAAAAGAGGAGUGCAGUGAAGUGUGUGAGUGGGAGAAGUGGAACAAACGGAAUUGGGAAAGAAAACAUAAAAAUAACUAUUCCAAAUGCAGGAAGCAUCAACAAAAUGGAUAAUAAAACAAUACAAUUGGAUUUCAAAUUACUGGUUGGGCAGUCGCUAAAUCUGCUCGAUAGUCUUGACGCUGUAUCACAAUGCGAUGCGCUUCAUUAUCUGCUAAGAACGCUGAAAUGUAAAUAUCCCGAAGCUUGUGAACGGGUGACAAGGGCUCUUUUCCCCCAUAUCACCGAUGAGUUUGCUAGUUCCACAAAAACCGCAAACAAAAAACAAUUGCAGCUUCAAUUGUUGCUCACUGCCAAAAAGGAAGAGAUUAAAACAGAAGAUGAAGGCUCAACAGAUCUUAAUCAGAACUUUGAGAAGAUCCUUUGCAAGGAGGAGAUCAUGUGUCUCGACGAGGACGACGACGACAUGGUUGGUGGCAUGGACCUGCAUGCCAAUGUAGAAAAUUCUUCUUCCAAUAAUAGACACUUGCAUUAUAACAGCACACAUGCUCUAAAACAAGAUCCGCUCGAUUUGAUACCCUCGUCUAUUAUAAAUACGAGACACCUGACAAAAGCGAAUUCUAGUGCCACCUUUGAGCAUGCAAUUGUGGGUAAUAGUGUUGGCGCCAUUACACGUUUAGCUGGCGAUGACAGUUAUAACAGUUGGGCUGAACUGGCGUCUUGUGAUCAGGAGAAAAACAUGACACGUCAUAACACCAAAAACAAUAAACACAAUAAUUAUCCUAGAUUGCUUAGUGAAAAACUCGUGCUCAGUAUUGAUGAGCGAUGUAAUCCAACUACGAAAGCGAAAGAUGACUAUUACUUCUAUCCAGAUAAUGAAUGGACCAUACACUAUCAUCACAGUACGGGCGAAUUUAAUGUCCGAGCCUACAAACAGCUAUUUCGAUUUCGUCUACAAAAAGCGUUAAGCGAAGAACAUAAACCCUUCUUGAAAAAAUUCUACAAGAAUUUCAUUCUAUCUGGACAGCUAUUGGGCACGCGACCGCCAUUACAUGUCCUUGAAAAAGUGCGGGAACAGCGUUUGGAAGAAUGGCAACAGUUACGUCUGCGCAAAUUGGCAGCAGUUGCAGCGGCUGCAGCGUAUACGCAGCAACAGCAAAUUUUACCUGCGAUCACAUUUGAUUCGGAACUGGAGUCCGAAUCUGAGUCGCAAAUGUCUACGUCGGUAGCCGCACCUGAAAUGUUGAAAUUCGAGGAGAUUACCGAAGAAGAUGCGGGCGCUGGCCGUCUGGUACAUGGCAUGAAAAUGGAGCCGGAUAUCGAAGACGUGUUAGGCGGUGGUAGUAGCGCAAGCGGUAGUGGCCAUAGCAAUAGUAGUAAUGGCGGUGCCACUACAGAUUUGCAAACAUUGGUUGCCACGACGCCAGAAAGUGUGUCGACGAUGACGACAACGGUAAACAAUACUAACACUGCUUCAUUAGCGGGAGGUGAGAGCACGACCAGCGGUAGUUUGAGCAGCAAUAGCAAACCUUUACUACAUAAUCAGCAGCAACAACAAGGAAACAGCAACCUUGUGAUAAAUGGCCUUACAGCAAGCAAUAAUAUAAAUAAUCUUAGCUACAAUAAUCAGCAAUUACCAAAUAUUGUUGGUGAUCUUCCAAGUGUAGCUCCCAAGGAGCAGAAUCAGAAUCCACAAUCUCUGCAGGGCAUUAGUACGCAAAUCGAGCGACAAAAUAGACUGUUGGAACAACGACAAACGAAUUUCUCCAAUCAAUAUCUACAAGAACGAAAUGAACAGCCGUUGAAUUCUUUACAUUUUCCGACGCUAAACGAUGUCGCGCGAGAGAAUGUUUUAGACAGCGCUACGCUGGAUAAUGGCAGUAACAGCAAUAUCAAUAUUAAUAAAAUCGAAUCGAUGCUCUUGCCAGGACUGAAUAAUUGUAGUAAUAGUAGUGGUAGCGGUAGUGCUAACGGUCCUGGUAGCGAUUCUACGGCGAUGAAAAAAAUGCCUGAAAGUCUACAUAACAAUAUGCUCAAUGCAAACCAGUCACAUUUUCUGGGACUUCAGCAGCAGCAGCAACAACAACAACAACAGCAGCAAGAGCAACAGAGGCUAAUAAAACAAAAUCAAAAACAAGAUACCCCGCAACUGCUGCAACAGCACCGAAACGUUAAUGCAAACCUGCAGCAUCCACAAACGCACCCGCUAACAUUAUUGGGUGGCAUGGCUGAAAGUGCGCAGCAUCAAUUGCAACAGCAACAGCAGGAACAACUUCAGCUGCAACAACAGCGCAUGCAGCAACAGAGCACAAAUACAGCUGCGUUCAUCAACAGCAUUGACAAUAUACUCAAUAACGGUAGUUUGCCCGCUGUGAUGCAACAGAAGCAUCCACAACAGCAUUUUAGUGCAGAGCUGUUGGCGCAAUCGCCAACACUACAACAGCAAGGUGCGCAGCAAUCCCCACUAUCCGCACAUGCGCAAAUGCAGCAGCAGCAACAACCACAACAACAAAUGCAACACACGAUACCAAUGUUGCAUAUGCAUCAGCAACAUGUGGACACGCUACAACAACAACAACAGCAGCAUUUGCUUUUGCAGCAGCAGCAACAACAACUCGCUGGCACGUCUUCCGCUUCCACCGCACCAACAUCAGGAGCUUCUUCGUCAAUGUCAAGCGCACUCUCAACGACGCCUAGCAACAUUUUGUCCGGCAUUUCUGCAUCAGCAUCAACUUCCGGUUCGAUUUCGUCAGCUUCGUUGAACGUAUCGUUAGGACUGGAUGAUAAUGAUUUAUCGCACGAUGAGGAUGAUGACAUGGAUGAACAUGAUUUGGACGACAUGGAACCGAAGCAACAGCUUAUUGAUGGCGGUAGCAGCAGUAGCACUUCACUGCAAGCACCGCCAGGUAGUACCGGAGCCCAAGGCGCAGCCGGCACUGGUACGAAGAAAGCAAAACCCAGUUAUCAAUGUUUGCAGUGUCCAAAGUCGUAUCGAAAACGAAAAUCAUUAUUGGAUCACUAUAAAAUACAUCCAGGUUUUUGUCAUGAUUGUGGGCAACCAAAUGGAACAUCUUUGGAGGAAAUAAUUCAUCACAAUCGAACAGUGCAUGCCAAGGAGUUUCCAUUCGUUUGUGACACGUGUGGCGAAUCCUACUCGCGUCGUCAACAAUUUCAUGCCCAUGUUGAAUCUCACAGCAAGAAAGAAUUCAAAAGUGAGUCUUAUUCGUGUAUAGAAUGCGGGCAAAAGUUUCCACACAAGAAACUGCAUCAACAGCACUUAGACACGACGGGUCACAAGGCUGACGGUGCUAUUUGCGAGGUGUGCGGUGCAGAUUUCCCCUCAAAAAAUGCACUUUAUCAGCACAUCAUUCGUGUCCACAAAAAAGACAACUUUUUCGAGUGCCACAUUUGUCAGAAUCGUUUUACUUUGAAAGCGAAUUUGGAACGCCAUGUACAGCUGCAUACGGAAGUGAAGCGAACAUAUGUUUGUGAUAUUUGUGGUUCAUCGUAUUUUACAUAUCCGGCACUGAAGGAUCAUUAUAGCAAUGCGCAUACUGAUGCAUCGGAAUGUAAGUGCACUUUGUGUGGCAAGCGAUUUGGCUCAGUAAAAUCACUGCAACGGCAUCUGCCAUCACACUCGGAAGAGCGACCACAUUGCUGCUGUUAUUGUGAUCAGACCUUCAAGUGGAAAACUCAUAUGGUACGUCACAAGCAAACCGUACACGGCAAUCAGCCAUCACCGAAGAAAGUCAAACGUUUUGCCAAGGAUGAAGAAAUGGUUCCCACGCCAGAUAUGCCGGGCCCUCCUCCCGCGAAAGUUGCGAAGAAGUCCACUACGAGUAAACCAAAGCAGCAGGCGCAGCAACAGAAUCCGCAACAACAGCAGCUGCAGAGAGGGGUGAGCAAUGUAUCUACACCACCGCCACUCUCCACCACACCCGGUACAUCUCAGCAGGAUCCUUUUAAUGCAUCAAUGAUUAGCAACAGCAGCUCCCAAUCAUCCACUGCGUCAGCAUCGGCGUCACAGCAUUCACUGUCAACCAAUGAAUCCCAACAGAAUUCCAUGUAUACUCAGAGUUUUAAUGCUGAAAAAUUGAUUGGUCAUCAGGCACAACAGCAACCGCAGCCGCAGCAACAGCAACAGCAACAACAACCACAACAGCACCAGCAACAACCACAAUCGCAACAACAAACAGUGGCACAAGUCCCGCCACAACAUUGCAACCCGGCAGCGGUGGCAUCGGUACAUCACACACAACAACAACAACUUCAACAGCCACAAUUACAGCAACAACGGCCAACACCGCCACCCGCACAACAGCAACAACAUCGUCGAACACCCAACACUCCGGAUGGCAGCGUGAACAGUGGCCCCGCUGUACUAGGCGUGGUUGGUGGUAAUGCCAAUGUAUCGGGCAAUAAUCUUAUGUCACGGCUAAAUAAUUUCGGUUCUUCUGCGACUGGAGGUGUCGCCAAUAUAACUGGUGUGUCAGAAUUCCACUUCGACCCUAAUCAUGGUGCGUCUGCAGGACAAAGUAAUGCCAGUGCAUAUCAGCAACAUCAGUUAAUCAAUCAAUACCAACAGCAGCACCAUCAACAACAACAAGCUGCAUCAUCAGCGACCGUGGUACAACAGCAGCAACAUCUGCGUAGCCAUACACCGCAAAGUCCGCACCAACCACAUCCUCAACAACAACAACAACCACAGCAACAACAUUUCACUUCACCGCAUCAUAUGCCUGCGACACAGCAACAAUUACAUCAUCAGCAAAUGCUGCAUCAUCACCAACAAAUGCAGCAGCAGCACCAACAACAACAACAACAGCAUCGUCACAAUCAACAACGUUCACCGUUGCAUCAUGCUACACCCGCUCAACAGUUGCAGCAGCAACAUCAUCAGCCAUCACACUCGCCUCAACGGGGACGUUUGCAGUCGCCACAACCACAGCAAUCGCCGCUUCAGCACCAACAGCAACAGCAACAACAACAGCAGCAGCAGCAAUUGCAACAACAACAACAGCAGUACGCGCUGCAGCAACAAGCAAAUGAAGCGCCUUGGGCUAAUAUUGGAUUUGGCGCCAGUGCGGUAAGUGGUGUUAGUGCUCAACAACCUCAACCCCAGCAGCAGCAACAACCGCCCACUCAGCAACAACAGCAACAGGGUGUCGUUUCUGCCAGUGGCGAGCUGAAAGACAAUCCCGCCAAAUUUUAUAUUGUUGACACGCCUGAUUUUCUUGGGCUUCCCAUGAAUGUCGGUUCAAAUGGUGUUCCUUCCGGCACAACCACACCGAAUUCACAUACUCAACAACAACAACACCAGCAGCAGCAGCAACAACAACAGUCGACAGUUGGUCCAAGUGGUAGUGUGAGUAACAAGCAGCAAGAACCACAGAUUGGAGGCGAACUUAUGAGUUUUCAAAGUAUGUGGCCAUCCGCUGGAUCUGCUGCCUCGCAAAUGAUGUUCAGUGGAGGAGCACAGCAGCAACAGCAACAACAACAGCAACAGCAACAAGCACAACAACAAGCGCAAAGUAAUGCACCAAGCGGACAAGCUGGUGCCGGAAAUGUUGGCGCGGCUGACCCGCACAAUUACAACAAUAUUGGCAGUAUCCUAACGAAUCUCAUUGACACUGCUCCAACUUCAAUGGAGUAUAAUUUUGACAUAAUGCAACCAGGUGGCGGGCAAAUGGGCGUUUCACAAUCUCAAGCGCAGGCGCAGCAACAGCAUCCACAAAAUUCACUUACUGCCCACCAGCAGCAACAGCAACAGCAGCAACAACAACAAUCGCAACCACAACAUCCGCACUCUGCUCACCACCACCAGCCGCAUUCACUUCAACAACAACACCAUAGCGCCGCUGCUGCAGCUAUUGGGAACUACGGCACAGCCGGAUUGAUGCGUCACACCAGCUUAUAUGGCUCUCCGAGUGGAGCUUCGCUGUAUGACACUAGCGCUGCGGCGGCUGCAGCUGCACACCACCACCAUCAUUUGCCUUCCCAUCAUCCCGGUUUAGGGGAUUUAACGGAACAACAAAAGAACAGUUUUCAACCCUAUCAUCCACAUGCGGCAUCACAUUCACUUGGUGGUCAUCAUCCACUUGCGCCAACCGCACAUCAUCCACUCGCACCACAUCUAUUGCCGCCACCACCGCAUGCAAGUAUCUACGAUCGCAGCGUAGGCAGUGGUUAUCCUACAAUGCUAAUGGGUGGCGGUGGCGAUGAGCAGAAAACUGUGCUGCCGCCAAUCAGUGAUUACAUGCAUCACAUACAACAACAGCAACUGCAGUCACAACACCCGCAACAAUCGGACCUAGUCUACUAUCCAGUGAAAAAUGAUUGACACCUAAAAUAGGGCGGGGCGUUGGGUGGGAGAGCAAUGACAGGUGAACAACAGUGUUUAAGCGGCAAUAGUAGCGGCAUAAGCACUUAUGGUGCACCAAAUCGGUUGAUGGCAGAACAAUUGAAAGUAAGCAUGAAUAAUCACACGCAGCAUCAACAGCUGCAAACAUUCAGACAUUAUCACAAUCAUAAAGCCGGAGAUGCACAUGCGCAUGCGCAACUACCACUACAUCACCAUCUUCAAAACUAUGCUUCUGCACAUCAUCAGUCACCGCACGCAUGGUGGCAUACAAUGACAGCGCUUGGCGCCACGCCGCCCGCAAUAACCGCACAAGCUGCAACAGCCACAGUUGCUGCGGGCGGUGUAGAAGGUGUAUUGGGAGACGAUGUUAGUGCAGCAACAGCUAUAUAUGCAUCAAACGCAACUAAGAGAGGCGAACAUUUCUUGUAAGCAUAAGUUAGAUUUAUAAGCUACAACAAACAUAAUAUAUAAAUAAAACUAUAUUAAAAAAACUUUAA